UUCUGAUGAUGUUUUAUUAUAUUUUGUUCGGAUUAAACAUCAUGAUCCUGCUGCUACUCCAUCUCUUUAACUCAUGUUCAUGUAGCCCCGCCCCUCCCGCCGGGCGGGGCUCGCUAAUGCAGCAGAGCCUCCAUCACCCCCGUCACCUACAUCACCACAACAUCACCACACGAUCCCCCCAUAUCAGCACACCAGCAGCACAAUAUCCUUCCAUCCCCUCAGCGUCAGCUCAUAUCCGCACCGCUCACAGCAUCGCAGAGUCCUGCUGCACACUGAGGCUGCUCCAGGAUGAUGUCGUCAGGAGUGUCCACGCGGAUCCACAGGGACCGGCUGAGGGCUGACGGUCUGGGCUCGGUCCAGCAGGCCGUACGCUACCUGAACCAGGACUUCAAGGCCCUGAAGGAUGACUGUCUGCAGAGCGGGACCCUGUUCCAGGACCCCAUGUUCCCCGCAGAACCCGCCUCGCUGGGCUUCAAGGAGCUCGGACAGUUCACCGCCAAAACCAAAGGGGUGGAGUGGAAGAGACCAACGGAGCUGACAGACGACCCUCAGUUCAUCGUGGGCGGAGCCACCAGGACGGACAUCUGUCAGGGCGCGCUGGGUGACUGCUGGCUGCUGGCAGCGAUCGGCUCUCUGACUCUGAAUGAGCGGCUGCUGCAUCGCGUCGUCCCUCACGGUCAGAGCUUCAACCAACAAUACGCCGGCAUCUUCCACUUCCAGUUCUGGCAGUUUGGUGAGUGGGUGGAUGUGGUGAUUGACGACCGGCUGCCGGUGAAAGACGGCGAGCUGAUGUUCGUCCACUCUGCGGAGGGGCGGGAGUUCUGGAGCGCUCUGCUGGAGAAAGCCUACGCCAAGUUGAGCGGCUCGUACGAGGCUCUGUCCGGCGGCAGCACCACUGAAGGAUUCGAGGACUUCACCGGCGGCGUGUCGGAGAUGUACGAGCUGAAGAAAGCUCCCAGAGAUCUGCACCGAAUCAUCUGCAAAGCUCUGCAGAGAGGCUCGCUGCUCGGCUGCUCCAUCGACAUCACCAGCGCUUUUGACAUGGAGGCGGUGACCUUCAAGAAGCUGGUGAAAGGCCAUGCCUACUCUGUGACUGGACUCAGACUGGUGGAGUACCGCGGGCAUCAGGAGCGUCUGAUCCGGAUCAGGAACCCGUGGGGUCAGGUGGAAUGGACUGGAGCAUGGAGUGACAACUCUUCAGAGUGGAGCUCCAUCGACUCUGCAGAGAAAGACGAGCUGCUCUGUAAGAUGGAGGACGGAGAGUUCUGGAUGUCUUUCCAGGAGUUCCUGCGUCAGUUCUCUCGGCUGGAGAUUUGUAACCUGACCCCGGAUGCUCUUAGUCAGGACUUAACGAGUAUCUGGACGACCACGACUUUUUCUGGCGGCUGGAGGAGAGGAAGCACGGCCGGAGGCUGCAGGAACCAUCCCAACACGUUCUGGAUCAACCCUCAGUAUAAGAUCACCCUGCUGGAGGAGGACGACGAUCCCGAGGAUGAGGAGGCGGCCUGCAGCUUCCUGGUGGCUCUGAUGCAGAAAGACCGCCGCCGCUACCGGCGCCAAGGCCAGGACAUGCACACCAUCGGGUUCGCCAUCUACGAGAUUCCUGAGCAGCUGCGCGGCUGUCCCAGCGUCCACCUGAAGAAGGACUUCUUCCUGCGUCACUCGUCCUGUGCUCGCUCCGAGACUUUCAUCAACCUGCGAGAGGUGAGCGCCAGGCUCCGCCUCCCGCCAGGUGAGUACCUGAUUGUCCCGUCCACCUUCGAACCGUCCAAAGAGGCCGACUUCGUCCUGAGAGUGUUCACGGAGAAGCAGUCGGAGACAGAGGAGAUGGACGACGACGUGGUGGCGAACUUUGAAGUAGAGGAGGAGAUUUCCGAGGGAGACGUAGACGACUCGUUCAGGUCAAUGUUUGCUCAGCUGUCCGGAGAUGACAUGGAGAUCUCCGUUCGGGAGCUCCGGACCAUCCUGAACAAAGUCGUGUCCAAACACAGAGACCUGCAGACUGACGGCUUCAGUAUGGAGUCCUGCAGAGCCAUGGUCAGCCUCAUGGACAAGGACGGCAGCGCUCGGCUCGGCCUGCUCGAGUUCCAGAUUCUGUGGAACAAGAUCCGGAAGUGGCUGGUAAUCUUCAGAGAGUUCGACCUCGAUAAGUCCGGAUGCAUGAGCUCCUACGAGAUGCGGCUGGCGCUGGACAAUGGCGGCUUCAGGCUGAACAACAAGCUCUAUCAGAUGCUGGUCGCUCGAUAUGCCGACAACGAGAUCAUUGACUUCGACAACUUCACCUGCUGCCUGGUGAAGCUGGAGGCCAUGUUCAAGGCCUUCCAGGAGCUGGACAGAGACGGAACAGGAAGGGCGGAGCUAAGCCUUGGAGAGUGGCUCUGUGUGACCAUGAGUGGCUGAAGAAACUACAACCUGCAGUAAUACUACAGUACUGUGCAGUAAUACUAUAGUACUCACAUCAUCAGUCUUCCAGCAGAAGUGAGGAGGAUCGCUGCUGCAACAAACAUCUUAAUAUGUUUAUGAUUAUUAAUGUGUUUAUUAUUAUCAGCUGUUUGACCCGCUUUAAGAAUUAGGCGCUCAUGGGAGUGGUAGUUCUUUGCUCUGUCUGUGCAGCCACACUGAGGUCACAUGAUCAUAUUUUAUUGGCAGAUUAAUGAUUAAACAUGAUUCAAUUCAAAGUGGAAUUUCACAAUUAAACAGUCAAACGAAUAAAUCAUCUGAUUUAAGGUUUUAAUUUGAAAAGUGACGUCAGUGAGCUUCAAACACACAGAAAUACAUACUCACAGUACUACAUAUUCUCAGUACUGCUGCUCUCCUGCUGCUUCACACUGAUGCCUUCAGCUGCAAACACUAACUUUAUUUAAUGAUUAUUGACACUUGUUUAUGUUGCAGCUGUUUGUUUAAGGUGGAAAACUUCCCGGUGUUUCUAUAUGAAGAUAUAGAAAAGAACGAAUAUCAAUAAUAAUGAGUUUGUUUGUGUUCUGAGACAUUAAAGGCCUGAAAUGAA